UCUUAUCUCAUCCAACUAUGGGAGAUUCUAAUUGCAAUUGGCAAGAAGAUGAGAAAAUUCAAUUGUGCAAUUCUUGGGCGCGUGUAACCGUGUGUUCGAUCACUGGCAAAUCGAUAAGUCUUUCAAAGUUAUGGGAAAAAGUUUUUGCCGAUUAUGUGGAAAAUUGGCGUGGUCCUCCAACAAGUCGAAGCCCUAGUGCUCUUCAAUCUCAAUUUCGGCAUUUGAAAAAGAUGCUCAAAGAUUGGCACAAUGCACAACUUCAAUCCCGCAAUAAUAUAGCGAGCGGCCAUAACAUGAUGGACCAGAUGAAUCAAGCACAAUCUAUCUACAUGAAACAUCAUCCCAAGGAAUUUGAUAAGUGGGCUUGUUGGGAGAAAGUAAAGCACCACCCUUAUUUUGUUGAUCCACCAAGCAAAGAAAGAGCACCGGAAUCAUUUCCGACACAUAUUGCCUCCGAAAACGAGUCUCCAAUUGACUUGGAUGAUGAUGAAGUUAUGGAGACACCACCUAGCUCUUUGCCAAGACCAAUGGGACAAAAGAGAGCCAAAGAAGCAAUGAGGAAAGGAAAGAAAGUGCAAGAUGUUGCUUCAAGUUUGGCUCUUUCUAUUCAAUCCAUGGCCGAGUCAACGCAAGCUUCUGUUGAGCUAGUGAGGCAAAGAAAUGAAGAAAUUGCUGCUCACUCAAAGAGGGUUAUAGAAUUAGAAGAGGCGAAAGAGGAUGCAAGAAUUAUGGGCACGGAUACUAGUAAUAUGUCUCCAGAUGAAAAGCGUUGGUGGAAACAAAGGAAGAGAAGUGUUAUGGCAAAAACUUUAUUUGAUGAUGGUAGUAGUGAUUGCUACACACCUAGGUUUGAUUAGUUAUAUUUUCCGAUA